ACAGCCGGUCAGUUUGAGUUUUGAAAUUAAUACUUUAGUAAAACUUUCUAUCAUAACAUAAUUUCCCAUAUGAUUUAAUAUUAUUAUUUUUAUUGUUUCCAAAUAAAAUUAUCUUUCUUUGUCAAGAAGGUAGUCUUUGAAUGGCCAAGAAAGGUGUAUCGUUGAAAAGAAAACAUUCCAACUUUUUUAACGAAAAGAAACGUUCUUCAAAAGAGUUUAUUCCAUGGAUUGAAGAAUUUGCGCCUUUAACUAUUCAAGAUCUUGCAGUUCACAAAAAGAAGAUAUCAGAAGUUCAGUCAUGGUUUCAAAAUUUCUUUUCUUUUAGUGGACAAGGAAAAAUAUCUCCUAUUCUGUUACUUACUGGACCUCCUGGAGUUGGGAAGACUGCUACUGUGAAAGCUGUAUGCCAAUCUCUGAAUGCUGAAUUGUUUAUAUGGUCUAAUACGCAUCAAGAAAAGCAGUGGAGAUCUCGUGAUGAAGAAUUUAUCAAAAUCAAGAAUGAUUUUAUGGAAGGAGAAACUCAGACUGCAUCUUUUAACAGAUUUCUCCUUCAUUCUGCAAAGUACUCCCUAUAUUCUAAUUGUAAAAGAGUUAUCUUAGUUGAGGAAUUCCCAAAUGCACUUAUUCGGAACCCUGGUGAAUUUCAUUUGAUUAUGAAGAAAUUUUAUCUGAAUGGAAAAUAUCCUUCUGUAUUCAUAAUCAGUGAUAAUACAAAAGGUGAUAGUGAAGAAAAUCGGUUAUUUCCAAAGGAUCUACAAGCAUCUCUUAAAAUUACUAAUAUAAGCUUUAACCCAAUUGCACCAACUAUGCUGAUGAAAGUAUUAACUACAAUUAAUAAUUCUUCAAAGUUGGAUUCUGGUUGUGUAAAAUUGAACAAAUCUCAACUGGACAGUAUUGCAUCUGAUAGCAAUGGGGAUAUCAGAAAUGCAAUCAAUACCAUGCAAUUUUUGUGCAUGACUCAAUCUGCAAAACCUAAAUCAUCUCAUAAGAAUGAUGCUUCAUCCAAGACUAAAGAAUCAGAAGAGUGUAGCUCUAAAAGAGAUUCAUCACUUUUCUUGUUUCAUGCAUUAGGCAAAAUCUUGUACUGUAAACGAGAUCCUGCACUGAAAUCAGAAACUGAUAUAUUACCCGCUACUAUGAAAUCAUUAGAAAGGGAUCCUCUUAUCUCAAAUCCUGAAGAGGUUUAUGAAAAAACAUCCAUAUCAGCUGAUGCUUUUAUGCUAUUUCUUCAGGAGAAUUAUCUAUCAUUUGUAGAGGAUAUUAAAAUUGUUUCUGAAAGUUCAGCAUGGUUAAGUGAAGCUGAUGUAUUUUCGGCUUAUUGGAAUGGUCAAGAUACCUUAAAUGAUUAUGCUGUGUCUUUGGCAUCUCGUGGACUAAUGUUCAACAUGGUUUCUAAUAGUUUGGGUAGACGGUGGAGACCUCUACAUAAGCCCCAGUUUUAUGAAAAUAAUAAGAGAAAAAAUCAUUUGACAAAUACUUUGAAGCACACAUUUAAAGGAAAUAGCCUUAGUUUGCGAGAAGUUCAAAUUGAUCUAGUGCCUUUUAUUCCAAAACUUUACUCAAAGAGUUUUAAUACAAGCCAAAUAAAUUUAGCUAAAGAAAUAGGAGAAAUGAAUGUGAAAAAAAUCUCAAGACCAGUCUAUAAUGCUUUGGAUGAAAAAGAUUGUUUCCAGUUGGAUACAAAUGAAUUAGAAGAUAUUGUAACUGAUUCUCAGAUUGAGCAAAAAGGCCUUGAAAUUCCAGAUAUUCAAAUUUCUGAUGAAGAGAUAAUCAUAGAGGAAUAUGACUUUUAAAAGAACUUUUAUUCUUGUACAUUUCUCUUGUAUAUAAUUAUUGUCUAUUUUAUGUUCUGUGACAGAAAUUAAUGUUUCUA